AUGGAAAUGAAAAGUUACCAGAAGAUCAAUCACUUUCCCGGGAUGAGUGAAAUCUGCCGGAAGGACUUGCUGGCCAGGAAUAUGAGCCGCAUGUUAAAGAUGUUCCCUAAAGAUUUCCACUUUUUCCCUAGGACCUGGUGUCUUCCUGCUGACUGGGGAGAUUUGCAGACCUACAGCAGGUCAAGAAAAAAUAAGACAUACAUUUGUAAGCCGGAUUCGGGCUGCCAAGGGAAAGGUAUAUUCAUCACCCGGACAGUGAAAGAAAUCAAACCAGGGGAGGAUAUGAUCUGUCAGCUCUAUAUUUCAAAGCCCUUUGUCAUUGAUGGGUUUAAGUUUGACCUACGGAUUUAUGUACUGGUGACAUCCUGUGACCCUCUCAGGAUUUUUGUGUACAAUGAAGGACUGGCCCGCUUUGCGACGACCUCUUACUCCCGCCCUUGCACAGACAACCUGGAUGAUAUCUGCAUGCACCUGACUAAUUAUUCCAUUAAUAAGCACAGUUCAAAUUUCAGUCGAGACGCUCACUCUGGCAGUAAGAGGAAGCUCUCCUCCUUCAAUGCAUACAUGGAGGACCACAGCUACAAUGUGGAGCAGAUAUGGAGGGAUAUUGAGGACGUCAUCAUCAAGACCCUCAUCUCGGCGCACCCCAUCGUCAGGCAUAACUACCACACCUGCUUCCCCAGCCACACACUCAGCAGCGCCUGCUUUGAGGUCCUGGGCUUCGACAUUUUGUUGGACCGCAGACUCAAACCCUGGCUGCUGGAGGUCAACCACUCUCCAAGCUUCUCCACCGACUCUCGGUUGGAUAAAGAGGUGAAAGAUGGUCUGCUGUAUGACACUUUGGUCCUGAUCAACCUGGAAAGUUGUGACAAGAAGAAAGUCUUGGAGGAGGAGAGACAACGGGGGCAGUUCCUGCAGCAGUGUUGUUCUCGGGAGAUGAGGAUUGAGGAAGUCAGGGGUUUCCGAGCCAUGCAGUUAAAGAAAACUGAAACAUAUGAGAAGGAAAAUUGUGGAGGGUUCCGACUGAUUUAUCCCAGUCUGAAUUCGGAGAAGUAUGAGAAGUUUUUCCAGGACAACAACUCCCUCUUCCAAAAUACUGUUGCUUCCAGGGCUCGGGAGGAGUAUGCCCGGCAGCUGAUCCAGGAGCUGAGACUAAAACGAGAGAAAAAGCCCUUCCAAAUGAAGAAGAAGGUAGAGAUGCAGGGGGAAUCGGCAAGCGAGCAAGUGAGAAAGAAGGGCGUGAGGGGCUGGCAACAAAAACAGCAGCAGAAAGACAAGGCUGCCACCCAAGCCUCCAAACAGUACAUCCAGCCAUUGACAUUAGUGUCCUACACACCUGACUUGCUCUUGAGCGUCCAAGAUGAAAGGAAAAAUGAAACAGACAGCAGCUUCCACGAGGAAGCCCCCAUGAAGGAGGCCGGCCCUGUUUCCCCCAAGCCGACAUCUGCGAGGCCCUCCAGUUCUGUACCAGACCUGAGGAAUAUCAGUCUCAGCAGCUCCGAGUUGGAGCCCAGUAAACCAAACUUCAGCAUAAAGGAGGCCAAGUCUGCCUCUGCAGUGAACGUUUUCGCUGGCACUGUGUGCUUAACCUCAGUAGAAACCGCCCCAGAAUCCACCACCCAAGUCUCAAUCUCCCCAAAGUCUCCACCAACCCUGGCCAUGACCACCAGCUCUGAGUACAGUGGCCCAGAGAUGGAUAGGGUGGUAUCCUUUAAAUGCAAGAAGCAGCAGACCCCUCCACAGUUAAUCCAGAAGGAAAUGUUAAAACCUUUUCUGCCUACAAAAUCCAAGAGCUUCUGGGGGAGUCCGAACACAAACUGGAGUUUGCUGAAGAAUGACAUGAAGAAGCCACAUUUGCUAUCCGAGCUACUGACCAAGCUUCAACGGAGGGGAAAGCUCUCCUUCUUCCCAGCUCACUACAACCCCAAGCUGGGAAUGAAUAGCCUGUCACAAAACCCCUCCCUGCCUGAGGAGUGCCACUCCUGCAGUGACAGCUCUGGCGAGAAGAGGCAGCUGGAUGUGCCCUCCCUCCUCUUGCAGGGUCCUCAGAGCUAUAAUGUUACUCUGAGGGACCUGCUGGUGAUUGCCACUCCAGCCCGACUGGAUCCAAGGCCUUGCAAAAGCCACACAAAUGCUCUGAGGGACCCGUGUAUGCAGGAUCAAGAAGCAUACAGCCAUUGCCUGAUCUCUGGCCAAAAAGGAUGUUAG